GAGCACUCAUUAGCCGGUGCACCGUAACUGUGCUGCGGUUGGGAGGAAACGCAACGCGUGUGCAAUACGGGGUAUUAGAAAGUGUAAUGUAUAUUCUAGUGCGAUGCUGACAGUGGGCAAGCCCGUAUCUCUAGUACAGCAAAAGAAGCAGCAGUGGGCCCAGGAAAGAGAAGAGAUGUCACAUCUUUAUCUUCCCUGGGGAUCCGGAGAACGGUAUACCAAUCGUUUGCAAGUACGAAAUCAGUUUGCCAGUUCUCUCGAACUUCACAAACAUUCGUCAUACGAAUAUCAGGAGCCAAUUCAACGCCAAAGAAGUCCAAGUCUACCGCCAAUACAUAAUAUCGAAUUGAAAAAAUCGUUAGAUGAAAGUAGAAGACAGAAAGAAGUUUUAAAUAGAAACGUUUCUAGUGCAAAGAGAUUCGCGUUCUAUGAUGAAGAUGGGGAAGGAGAUACCUCAGGAUAUGGCAGUGAAACAGUUAACCAUAUGAACAUCAGAAAUCAGUGCGGAACUUUUCAUGAUAUUGCCAAUAACCCAGUCGUAGCAUGGCACCAAGAAGGAAAAGAAAAAAGAAAGCAACCUUCAAGCGGGCGGUCGGGUAUGACAGACGGCGCUCUAUCUGCGCGGAGCACGUCCGGUAUAGACGAGGGUCGUCCCCGAUGGGGAGACAGGGGUGUCGCCACGGGUCGGCUCUGGGAGCCUACUGCCCCCACUGCUAGAUUACCUCAGAUGCAAAACCAAAAAAAAGGAACUCCGUCGUGGGUGGAGCGUGGACUUAAUAUGAUAGAUAGUACAUCUGAAGUGUUAGUCGUUGACCAAAGAAGCUCCACGAAUUCGGGAUUGGAUUAUGACCGAUCAUCAUACAAUGGUAGUGAUGAGGGCAGGACCUUUUUAAGAGGACAAAAUGUACCGAUUGAACCAGAAAUUAAAGCUCAAAGGGAAACUAAACGAGUUAAAGCUUUAGAACUACAGUCGGCUAUAUUAAACCAAUUAGAAGAGCGAGAAAAAUAUCGUCAAGAAGAAAGAGAAAGAAAACUUAGAGAGGAACGUAUAGAAGAACUAAGAAUACAGAAACAACAAGAAGAAGAUCUGUUACGGUUGGAAGAUGAAAAAAGAAAAAUAAAAGAGAAACAACUAUUUGAACAUCGUAAAUUGGAAGCUUUAAAAAAGGCAUUAGAAGAUGCAGAAAAAAAAGCAAAACAAGAAAAAGAAAAAAAGUUUAACUGUCACCGUCAACUUACAAGUUCUAUUGAAACGCUCGAUUCCAAAGAAUCAAACUUAACUGAACAUUAUGAAACGGAACAACCUAGUCCAAUCAAAACAUGCAGCCCUACCAAAACAAACAGAACUUACAAUAUACAAUCAUCUCAAAAUAAAGAAAGUAACUCCCAACAGACUACAACUUUUAAUUCACCUCGGUCUUUACCAGCUAGUAACUUGAAUUUAUUUAUACACAAUGUGCCACCGCUUAACUUAACAGAUAAUCAAUUCAAUGUUGUGCCAAUUGGAAUAACAAAUGCUGCUGAAAUAAUUAAUAACCAGUCAAACAAUAUACAACUUGCAGUUUUACUGCCGCAAAAUAAAAAUUUAUAUAGUAUGUCGUUAAAUUCAGUCAAUAAUUUGCACGAGUUAGAAGAUUUGGAAAAAGUGCUUACGCCUAGCAAAUAUCGUACACACAGGACCAAAGAUGCUUAUACUCAAACUGAUAUUAAUACUACAUCGCAAGUAUGUGAAAAAAUAGAAAAAGAUGAUGUCAUACGAUACGUCGAUAAAAAUUAUUCUAAAAUAGAUGAAAAUGCUCCCCAAGAUUGUCACCGUAAUACUAAAAAAGAUCGUCGCUUAAGAUCGGAAGAAAGGUACAAAAAAGACAUCGAAAGUCGGCCCAAAUGGGGUGCAAAUAAGCCUGUCGCUCAAUAUAAAAAGCAAAGCGAAAAAGAUCCUUUUUAUACCCAGAAAAGAAAAAUACGUCAAAAAUACCGACCACAGAUAAGACAAUAUGUAUCGCAAUCUAGUGAAGAUAGUCGAUCUCCAAGUCCUCCUACAAGGAGCGAAAAAACUUUGGAAAAUAUCAAACAACGAAACUCAUUGAGUCAGUCGUAUUGGAGAAGUAAAAGAUCUAGUCAAGAUUUUACGACAGUUACAUGUGAUACUGUAAAUAAUGUAGUACCAGAAUUUACAUCUCUUGCACAAAUAACUGCCGAUGUAAAAGUUGAAUCAAAAAAGUCUCCAAAACUGUCCCCAUCAAAAAGACUUACAUUAUCUCAAAAAUUUAUAAACGAUAAAUAUGGUAGUAAAAAAAUGUGGACCGAGGACUGUGAGCAAAAUUCUAAAUACAAUUUUAAUGACUUAGAUAACACAAAAAAAAAUUGUGAAAGGUUAGGUUUUUUAAAGAAAGUUAUCAAUGAGAAAGAUGAUCGCCAAGACCACAAUUUAGAAUACGAAGCUUUUCCAUUAAAAACACAAAACGUAAAAUUUUAA